CUGCCGACACCCGUAUCUGGCUGGCCCGGGUGCUGCCCAUGCUCUGAGCCCCGCAGCAGCGUCGCCCUCUGAGAUGAAGAUGGAGGCGGCAGGAAAAGCAGAGCAGCUCCUCGCUUCGGAAGCGCCCCCAAAGACUUCCGAAAAGCCGGAGGCGGCUCCYGACGAGGACGGGCCCCUCGAGCUGGAGCCGCAGGCUCCCAAGGACAAUGCGCCCGCGGCAGCGGACUCCACAGUGCUCUCCUCCAUGCCUUGCUUGCUCAUGGAGCUGCGGCGGGACUCCUCCGAGUCCCAGCUGGCCUCCACGGAGAGCGAUAAGCCAGCGGGCGGCCGCGUGUACGAGAGUGACUCUUCCAAUCACUGCAUGCUCUCCCCUUCUUCCAGCGGGCACUUGGCCGACUCCGACACGUUGUCUUCCACAGAAGAGAAUGAGCCCUGCCAAGCUGAGGCUGCUGCAGAGGGAGACCCUUCGGGGGCGCCCGGGGCCACCGUGGCAAGGAAAUCCAGGCGAUCCAGGUCCGAAAGCGAAACUUCAACGAUGGCUGCCAAGAAAAACCGACAGUCUAGUGAUAAGCAGAACGGCCGCGUUGCCAAGGUAAAAGGUCAUCGAAGCCAAAAGCACAAAGAAAGAAUCCGGCUGCUGAGGCAGAAACGGGAGGCCGCUGCUCGCAAGAAGUACAACCUGCUGCAGGACAGCAGUACCAGCGAUAGUGACCUGACGUGCGACUCGAGCACGAGUUCAUCAGAUGAUGAUGAAGAGGUUUCAGGGAGCAGCAAGACAAUCACUGCAGAGAUACCAGAUGGCCCUCCAGUCGUGGCUCACUACGAUAUAUCGGACACAAACUCAGACCCAGAGGUGGUCAACGUGGACAACCUGCUGGCGGCUGCAGUAGUUCAAGAGCACAAUAAUUCCGUAGCAAAUCAGGACGCGGGAUCUACCUGGAGGACCAGAGGGCUGCUAGACGAGCUGAGCACUGACACAGGUCAUUUGGAUCCGGGAUUCCUUGCAAGUGACAAAACCUCUCCUGGUAAUGCCCAGAUCAAUGAAGAAAUUAAUAUUGCCUCUUCUGAUAGCGAAGUAGAGAUUGUUGGAGUUCAGGAACAUGCUAGGUGUGUGCACCCUCGGGGAGGCGUGAUCCAGAGUGUGUCUUCCUGGAAGCACGGCUCGGGCUCGCAGUACAUCAGCGCUCAGCCGGCGCAGUCAUGGACAGCUGUGGCUCCCCAGCAGAAUUGGUCUUCGCCCCCAGAAGUUGUCGACCUCACUCUGGAUGAGGACACCAGGCGCAAAUACCUACUGUAAUGCAGUGUCCCUGUGUUUGGGCCCCCGUCCCCUCUCCCCUUUGUGGCACACAGGCUCAUUGCUGUAGCUUCAGCUUCCGAGGCCCUAAUYGCCGGCGUUACGGAAGUCAAACUCACGAGGAUUUCCAUUUCCGUAAGAAUGUAGUGUAAUUCUAAUAUCGUUCAAAACAUUUCUUUUUUUCGUUUGUUUUCAGCCUUCUCAAAGGAGGAUUCUUCCGAUAACUAAGACCCAAUAGCUCCAAAUUCACAGCACAUCUGCAGUUCCUAAUUUUGUGUGUGUGUUAAUCCGAAGAAGCAAUCAUGUACCAAGUUCUGCUCUGCCACCCUUUCCCACCCCCAACUUCAAAACAUCUUUGAUUUAGCAGUUUAUCGGGUUUGUUUGUAGAAGGUAGUGUUUUGCUGUGUGCACAUCAGUGAUUUUGAGAAAUGCUGUGUCCUCACUGAUUUCAGUGGAGCUGGGGGUAUCCAACACUUCCAAAAACGGGGCCGAGGCUUCUUAUCCCCAAGCUGAUUUGGCUACGUUACCAGCCAGAGGGACUGUCUGUAAUACAAGAGGCCCAUAACAUAUGCACUGAGCAGCUUUUAAUUAAAGGAUUUUUAUUUUCAAUGUAAUUUAUAGUUUACACUCUUUUCAGUGCUGAGUCUUCUGUCUGCUUGCCUGCUGUUAUUUCACUGGUCAUUUCCCACUGCUCGUUACAGUUUUACCACAGUAGUGACUUAAUAGCAGCUGAUCAUUGCAAAAGCACAAGAAAAAGACAAGUAAUACAAAGGCCCCGCAUCCCUCUCCCGAUUUAAAUAUAGCUGAAUUUUACGUAUAUCUGAAUCUUGCCUGGCUUCCAGGAAGGAGAGAAAUGAACCACGUYGCUCCCAGUCCUCGUUUCUACUGUUUGCUUGUUUGCUUCACUGCCCGUCUCAAAAAAAAACCCUGUAAAGUCUCAAAAAACUUGUAAAGCCCCUAGUCUGGCAAAGCACUUUAGCAGAUGCRUAGGGUUAAGCACUGGUAAUUCACUGAACUAGUGGGGCCAUUCACAUGCUUAAAACUCUGCCCUAAAGAUGUUGCAGGAUCAGGGCUGAAGUCUGUCAUCUUUUUUUUCUU